AUGCUACGACAGGGACACCUCAAAAAGUUGAUGAGCGACCGGGGAAGGAUCAACUUUGCCAGAGGUCGUGAACAACAUCAAGGACCGCUGAAACUGCCCUCGCCGACCUGCACCAUCCAUCUGGUCAUCGGUGGCAGUGACAAUGCUUCAAUCAACAGUGUGAAGUUCACCAUAACCCACAAGCUCAAACGGUCGAUCAUCCACGAACGAUAUGAUGAACUCGAAGAAAGUAUCAUCUUCGAUAAGUCAAAUACCAACGAUUUGGUUAUCCCUUACUAUGAUGCCCUUGUUAUCACUUUACGAAUUUUAAAUACCGAUGUGAGACGCAUUAUGGUAGAUGAUGGGAGCAGUGCAUGCAUUAUCCACCCUCGACCAUGCAGAUAUGCCAGGUCAUCCAAAGAAAAUCACCACGCACAAGCUGAACGUCGAUCCAUUCCACCCCCUAGUGAUGCUGGUUAG